AUGCCACACGUCCAAAAAUGCGGGGUUCUUCCCAUCCAAUACUCUUCCUUCAAACAUCGUACCACCCUCAACACAACCUCUCCGAUCUCAGCUACCACCACCACACCCCUGACAAUCACCGUUUGUCACCAACCUUCGCUUAUUGUCUUCAUCGAGAUGUUGGAACUCACGCCGCCAACCCGCAUACCCAUGUUCCCUCGCAACUACCGCGAGUUCCUCCUCACCCCUGCCGUCCCCGCCAUUCCCGCUCCCCUCCAAACCCUCUCCCCCGGCUCAAUCUUCCGCCUCGCCCAACCCUCCUGGCCAGUAGACUCCGUCAUGCCGUCCUUAUGCGCCCUCUCCGCCACCACCAUCUUUGCUGCCUUCUUCCUGGUCGCAUUUAAAGACCUCGGUGCUUUGGUCAACUACGAGUUUCGAAAACGACUCGGGAUAGCAGGUCAUCCUGUGAUGGGUAUGGUGCUGUCGCUGUUGGCGUUCACGAUGCUAUUGAUAACGUACGAGAACGACAUCAAGAAGAGGUCGGGGUAUUAUCAGGAGGGGUCGGACCCGAGGUAUGUGGUUUGGUUGAGUGCGACGGCUACGGUUUGUGCGAUUCUGUGGGCGAGCAGCACUUUUCAGACCCCGGUGGCGGCUGCGGAUGAGGCAGAGAAGAAGGAAGAGGACGGGAAGGCAGAUGAGCCGGCGAAGGGGUCAAGGCGGCAGCAGAAGAAGCAGGCUAAGCGAGAGGCGAAAAAGAUUGGUGCCAAGAAGGAGUAG